AUGUCAAACAAGUUCCACUGUGACGUCUGUUCGGCAGAUUGUACUAAUAGGGUCCGUAUUUCAUGUGCCAUCUGUCCAGAAUACGAUCUUUGUGUUCCAUGUUUCUCUAAAGGCUCCUAUAACGGCAACCACAGGCCGUUUCAUGAUUAUAGAAUCAUCGAAACAAAUUCAUAUCCUAUACUUUCGCCUCAUUGGGGUGCAGAUGAAGAAUUAGCAUUAAUAAAAGGUGCUCAGACCUUAGGGCUGGGUAAUUGGCAAGAUAUUGCUGAUCAUACAGGGAGCAGAACAAAGGCAGAAAUACAAGCUCAUUAUGAAAAAUAUUAUUUGAAUAGUCCAUAUUAUCCAAUCCCAGAUAUUACCAAAAAGAUUGAUAUCUCACAACAGGAUUUCCUACGUGAAAGAAGAUCAAGAAUAGAGCAAUUCUCCAAGAAACCACUCGAUCCUCCAAGGAAACAGAUGGCAUCCAUCCCAAGUUGUCAUGAAAUUCAAGGGUUCAUGCCUGCUAGAUUAGAAUUCGAAACAGAAUUCGAAAAUGAAGCAGAGGGUCCUGUUAAAGAUAUGAUUUUUGAAGAAGAUGAUCAACCGUUGGAUAUAGAAUUAAAAUUGGCUAUUAUAGAUAUUUAUUAUUCGCGGUUAACUAUGAGAGCAGAGAAGAAACGUUUAUUAUUUGAAAAUAACUUGAUGGAUUAUAGAAAAUUACAAUCUAUAGAGAAAAAAAGAUCAAAAGAAGUCAAAGAGUUAUACAAUAAGAUCAAACAUUAUUCACAAAUCAUGACCGCUGCAGAUUUUAAAGAAUUUUCCAAAGAUAUCCUCGAUGAAAUGAAUUGUAGAAUAAAAAUUAAAAAAUUACAAGAAUGGAGAUCAAAUGGUCUUACGACUAUUGAAGCAGGUUUGAAAUAUGAAAGAGAAAAACAUGCAAAAUUAUUGAUUCUAGAAAAAUUGUCUUCAAACCCAAAUACUUUAGACACACCCUCCUUUCCAAGACACAAUAGAACAAACUCUCAUAAUUAUAACGAAUUGGAUUCAACACAACAACGAGAAAAAGAUGUGGAGAAAAAGAAGUCUCUAACUGUUCAUGAUAUUCAAUCUGCAUCGGAUUUCAAUAUCUUAUCACAGGAGGAACAACAAUUAUGUUUACAAUUGAAAAUCCUGCCAAAACCUUAUUUAGCCAUUAAAGAAAUGAUGUUUAGAGAAUUGAUUAAAACCGGUGGUAUCAUGAAAAAGAAAAACUGUAAAGAUUUAUUAAAAAUCGAUUCCACAAGGGCAAAUAGAAUUUACGAAUUCUUCCAAUCUCAGAAUUGGACAUAG